AAUGUUUGUAUUUGAGCACUAAUCCAUCCUCGAAAUCCCAAGCUCAAGCCACAGGUCCGCCAUUAGCAAACCAAGAGAGCGAGAAGCACAACAUUACCAUAAAAAGUGGGACUGGGACGCGAGCACAAGAACAAGAUGCCUCUCUGAAUCGCACACGCACAGAUUGCGAACCAAAAUCAAACCAUACCCAUUUCCCACUUCGAAUCAAACCCUCAAUCCCCUUUUCAAAUUCGACCCAACUUCAAAAAUUCACCGUUGAUUUCUGAAUCCUUGCUCUGCUGCAAAUCUCUUGUUCAGGGAGCCAUGAGAAAUCCCUUUCUCUUCCUCGCUUUCAUUGUUCCAAUCGUUAGUUUUCAAGCUCAUUCUGCUCCUUCUGGACUAUUGGCAAGGCAGUUGUCUUCUGUUCUUAAAUGGACUGGUUCUUCGUCCAAAACUCCUCAACCAGAUGGGAAGGCUCUUCAGUUUGAGAGUGGCUACUUAGUAGAGACUAUUGUUGAGGGAAAUGAAAUUGGAAUGGUUCCUUACAAGAUUCGCGUCUCCGAGGAUGGAGAACUCUUUGCUGUCGAUUCGGUUAAUAGCAAUGUCGUCAAGGUUUCUCCGCCGUUGUCUCGAUAUAGUCGAGCGAGAUUGGUUGCCGGGUCUUUCCAGGGCUACAAAGGGCAUGUUGAUGGGAAACCAAGCGAUGCUCGGUUCAAUCAGCCGAAAGGCGUGACGAUGGAUGACAAAGGAAAUGUGUAUGUUGCUGAUACUUUGAACCUUGCCAUCAGAAAGAUUGUUGAUGCUGGCGUGACAACAAUUGCAGGAGGCAAGACAAAUGUUCCAGGAUAUAGCGAUGGGCCCGGUGAGGAAGCGAAGUUUUCGAACGAUUUUGAUGUCAUAUAUGUCAGGCGUACCUGUUCGUUGUUGGUUGUCGAUAGAGGCAACGCUGCACUUCGCCAAAUCACUCUAAACAAAGAGGAUUGCGAUUAUCAGUACGGUUCCGUUUCUACCUCAGACGUUGCGAUGUUCGUUGGCUCUCUUCUCAUAGGAUACGUUACAUAUAUGCUUCAACAUGGAUUCGGGCUGUCGUUCUUCUCUUUUAUUGUACCGAGUGAACGCUCGGAGUCCGAAACGAAAGAGCCGAGCAAGGGAAAACACACUCCGCUCGUAAGUACAAUAAAAGAAGAAACAUGGUGGGAGUCUUUCCGACAGGUCUUUACCGAGCUUUACAAGCAGGCGCUCGAGUCAGUACCGAGCAACCUCAAAUCCUUCCUUCCUUCAUACCAGAAGAAAGGCCUGACACCUUUGAAAGAUACUCUCAAGAUGCCAGAAGAUGAAACCAAGACCAAUGUGACCUUAAAACAAAGCACUGUCACUCCUCUCUCUGAAACCAAGCAUGCCUCACUCAAACAUGAUAAAAUGAAGCCACCAAAAGUGAAGUCAAGUAGUUUCAAGAACAACCCGUCUCUCUUAAACAAGCACGGGGCCGAGUUUUACGGGACAGGCAUGGUUUCUUCGUCCCAUAGCCGAUCCAAGGGCCAGAAGGAUCGAUCGAGACAUCGACAAAAGGAAAAAGGAUCGGAAUUCUUAGCAAGCGGAGUUGGGGUCGAACCGAAACCUGCAGAGACGAGCAUGGAUUAUAAUGAGCCGAUGUUCGGGCAGUACAAUAUGAGGAAUAAGUACAGAGUUGAUUCUUCUUCUUUCCAUUUCUGAGGAACUUGAUUGUUGAUGAAUUCCUUUGAUCAUACAGCCAAAGUACACAAAUGACCUCUGUUUUCUGUAAGGUUUGACAUCUUCUAACUUCCUUUGAGAAGGUUAUUAGGGACAUUUUGAAGAAUGGUUUAUGAAGAAACUUGAAGAUUGAGCUUUAAUGGCUUCUUUUUAGCUUUA